CACACUAACCGUUGUCCUUCCUAAGUUUUCUCAUUCGUCCAGCUCCCAGAAAACUACCUUCGAACAAUCCCAUGUCGAAAAUUUCUUCCUCUUUUUCUUAAAUCCGGACAACUCGAUGAGCUUAUACUAUUAGCCAAAAUCUGUUGGUUCCCUUGAUCAACCCACGUUACAUAAUGUCUCUAAUCAGAAAUGGUUAUUGUCUUUUUCUCUAAUGUAUGGGUGCACGAGAAAUCAGCAUUUGGGUCAUAAAAUUGGUUUUUUUUAUAACGAUCUAAUGAAUGCCACUUUUCCUUUUUCUGACGAAUUUUGGUUCAUGUAAUAGUGAUUUCUGUGUAAAAUCUGUACGACAUUGAAGGGUUGUGCUUGAAGAGGAGAGGCUGCCAAGAUUUGGAUUAGGAAUUCCUAAUGAUGUCGAACUUGUAUGGAGAUUUUAAUCAAAAGAUUGAUUAUGUUUUCAAGAUUGUAUUGAUUGGAGAUUCUGCAGUAGGGAAAUCUCAACUGCUAGCUCGUUUUGCAAGAAAUGAAUUUAGUUUGGAUUCAAAGGCAACUAUUGGUGUUGAAUUUCAAACAAAGACUCUGAUUGUUGAUCAAAAGACCGUCAAGGCACAGAUUUGGGACACUGCUGGCCAAGAAAGGUACCGAGCGGUGACAAGUGCCUACUAUCGUGGAGCAGUUGGUGCAAUGUUAGUUUAUGACAUGACAAAACGGCAAUCAUUUGACCACAUGGCUAGAUGGCUUGAGGAACUCAGAGGCCAUGCUGAUAAAAAUAUUGUUAUAAUGCUUAUUGGUAACAAAUGCGAUUUGGGGUCUCUUAGAGCUGUACCAACUGAGGAUGCUCAAGAGUUUGCUGAAAGAGAGAACUUAUGCUUUAUGGAGACAUCAGCACUUGAAUCCACAAAUGUCGAAAGUGCAUUCAUGACAGUCCUAACCCAAAUAUACCGCAUCAUAAGCAAGAAAACACUAAAUGCAGCUGAUGGUUCUGAAUAUGAAAAGUCAGCAUCUUUGAAAGGAACAAAGAUCAUUGUUCCUGGCCAAGAUUCAGAUCCUGGUGGUAGAAAAGCUGGCUGUUGCAGGUCCUCAUGAUUGUUAUACUUAGAAAUGCUGAACUUUUAUCUUUUCUUCACUUGCCGCUUCAGAUUUAGUUGUUUAGGUAGCAAAGCUUGUUUUGACUGGAAAGUCAAGGUGUAAAAAUGAUAUUUUAGUAACAUAUAGGAUGAAAAGUGUAGCAGUAAUUGGAUCUGCCUAAUUCUAUGUAUACAGUAAUUAACUGCCUAGGGAAGGCAUCAAUAACAACCAA